GCGAGUGUUGCGCACGCGCAGAUCAUUUCACUCUCUAUAGGCAUUGAUCAACAACAUUUGUUUGGUAAGCCUGACAACUGUUGAAUAAUUUCACGCGCCUUGACAACGCGUGACAAAUAAAAUAAGGCCCAAAAAGAAAUGAUUGGAUUGGAAAUUGUUAGGAAAGUUUUAGGUUUUCUAGCUAGGCGAUCAAGCUUUACAUGUUUUCGUUUGCAGAAAUAGAUUUAAAAUAAAAUGAUUUGGUGUUUUCGUCGCUUUGCUGUGUUCCUUUCGAGAUCUUUUCAGUUUAGCAGCACUUCUUUCAAACGCUUUCAAAACUUAGUUUGUAUUUUAGCAAAAUCUGGAUUGCUAAACUAACAGUUUGUCUCGUCGUAUGUUAAAAAUAGCAGACUCAAGGCAAGUUAAAAAUGAAUUAAAAAACUCUAUAGUUUAAAAAAAGAAGUAACUUCAAAAAUACAUUUGAGGAAAAAGGAUACAAAAUUGAUAAUUCAUACUAAAUAAGUAAGCGGUUCCCAGCUUCCGUACAAUAAUAAAUCACGGAGCCGUCACUCUUGGUUUCCUUCCUACGGAUUCCCCGCACAAAAUGUUGCCGACCCCCCCAUUCAUUUCCACGGUGGGGGCAUUAGGCGCCGGCGCAACACUACGGAAAAAAGUAAAAACACUAUCGAGUAUCGUUAGUCAUUAAUACAGACGCAAGUGCAGUGCGCACUUUUUUCGAACCAUUUCUAAUUUCGACAGCGCCUGAACCGCACGUGUUCGAAAAAAACCGUUAGAAAAAUAUAUUCAAACAUUUCAAACGAACGGCUGACUUUUACCGCGCUUUUAUUGGGUGUUACGAUGAUUAAUAGUGAUGUUUAUGAAUCGUUAAAUGUUGAUACGUAUCGUCGCGUAAUUUACGCAUAAAAUAGUAACGUGCGUGCUUGAAGAAUAAUGAAUUGAUUGUUGUCGUGUCAAGUAAUGACUAUGACGCGUGUUAGCUGUUGUGUUUUAAUUGUAUGUCUGCUGGCGAUUCUUAUGGACAGCUGUGAUGGUUACAGCCCUAGAGAAUGUGGAGUACCAUUACGCCGGCACACGCGUCAGCCGAGGAGCAGGACUCCGGGACAACUGCGCAUCAUCAAGGGCAAGGAGUCCAAGCGAGGAGCCUGGCCUUGGCAGGUAUCUCUUCAGCUACUGCAUCCAAACUACGGUCUGAUCGGUCACUGGUGCGGCGGCGUGCUGGUCCAUCCCCUCUGGCUCCUCACCACAGCGCACUGCAUUCAUAAUGAGCUAUUCAAUCUGCCGGUACCGGCGCUGUGGACGGCGGUGCUGGGCGAGUGGGACCGCGCCGAACAGAAGGGCGCCUACGUGCCCAUCGAGAAGAUAGUGCUGCAUCACCGGUUCCACAACUACCAACAUGAUAUUGCUUUGAUGAAGCUAACGAGAGCUGCCGACGUGAGCACCGGCAGUCGCAUCAGAACAAUCUGCCUCCCUCCCUUCGAGCCACCUCUUGCCAACUUCGAUACAGACAAGAACAACUACGACCACAGACCAGAAUCAAAUCCAGAACCUAUAAAACGAAAAUCCAAACCUCCAAAACCCAACCCUGAUACCGCCGUCAAAUAUUUAGAGAAACUUAAUAAUCUUACGAAGAAUAUCUUCUCAGGGCUAAUGAAUAAGAAACAUAAGAACAUGAGGUAUAAUGUCAGGAUAUCCAACGAGUCAAAUAGAAAGACAGAUAGGAAAAACAGUGAAGAGUUAAGAAAUACUGACCGAGGGAACAGUGAUCUGAUCUACGACAGUGCAACUCUAGAUAGUGUUGUCAAACUUAUAAGGAACAGCCUCCUGAAAGAUGAUUACAAAGUUAAUAUAAAUAGAAGUGAUAAGAAAUUAAUGUUUGGUGAAGAAAUAGAUCCGUUUAUUGAUGAUAAUAAUAGAUUGGACUUUAAAGACGAGUGUUAUACUACGGGCUGGGGUAGAGAGCAGACGAAUGGGACGCUGACAGAUGUGUUGCUGGAGGCUGAGGUGCCGGUGCUGCCGCUGAACCUGUGUCGAGAUCGGUACUCCUUGACUCUGCCGUUGAAUGAGGGGCAUCUAUGUGCGGGAAGCACUGAUGGGAGUACUGGAGCUUGCGUGGGCGACAGCGGCGGCCCGCUGCAGUGCCGCUCCCGGGGCCGGUGGGAGCUGCGCGGCCUGACGUCCUUCGGCUCGGGCUGCGCGCGCCGCGGCGUGCCCGAUGUCUACACCAACGUGGCGCACUACGUGUCCUGGAUAUACGCACAUGUUUAUGCUACGUAGCUACCUGGAGUACACCUUAAUACAGUGAGCCCUGUGAGACUUACAAAUAAGUUUAUUGGAAUAGUUGUUUUGAGGCGGAUUCAUAAUUCUUUAACAUGGUUUACGUGUGUAUAUCGGGAUCGCUCGACUAGUUUCGCUCGUUAGCUCAUGAUAAGGGACUACGAUUGGGUCUAAAACUAGACGGGCGAUACCAUUCAAUACGUUGUAGUAAACCGCUUCAUUAAUUAAUAAUUAUGGAAGUGAGAUGCCUGUAUAGAAGUAAGUGGAUUACGACCGAGUGUGUAAAUAUUUAUUUUUGGUUGGAUAAGGAAUUGUGUGAUUAAUUCUAAAGGUAAAUAAUAAUAAAAAUAAAUAAUAAAUGCGGAC